UUAAGCGCACAGAACGCGUUUAACAACUGGUAGUAGAAUGUCUGGUCGGGGCAAAGGUGGUAAAGGACUUGGAAAGGGAGGUGCUAAGCGCCAUCGGAAGGUUCUUCGUGAUAACAUUCAAGGUAUUACUAAACCGGCUAUUCGUCGUUUGGCUCGUCGUGGUGGUGUCAAGCGUAUUUCUGGGUUGAUCUAUGAAGAGACACGUGGCGUGCUCAAAGUUUUUCUCGAGAACGUGAUCCGUGAUGCUGUCACUUACACCGAGCAUGCAAAGCGGAAGACAGUAACAGCUAUGGACGUGGUUUACGCUUUAAAACGCCAGGGUCGCACUCUGUACGGAUUCGGGGGCUAAGCCUUUCGUUUGACUCAUUUAAAACCAAACAGCAAGAAAUACAAAGGCUCUUUUAAGAGCCACCCAUAUUUUCACAAUGAGAGUUGUGUUGCUAAAUAGUUCGUUGAAAGUACGUCUUAUGUUUCACGUAGAUAAAUUCUUUGCGUUGUCUUAGUAUUCUUGGUUGAUAAAACGUGGAGUGAAAAUGAAAUAGAAAACCAGGUAAGUUCUUUCAUUGUGGCGUUGGUGUCUAAGCACUUGUAUUAAAAGGCCAUUUAGCCA